AUGAAAACACAGACACAGACUUGGUUUUCAGUCCUCUCCCCUGGGCUCGAGUCCCUCCCCUGGGCUCGAGUCCUCUCCUUUGGGCUCGAGUCCCUCCCCUGGGCUCGAGUCCUCUCCUCUGGGCUCGAGUCCUCUCCUCUGGGCUCGAGUCCUCUCCCCUGGGCUCGAGUCCUCUCCUCUGGGCUCGAGUCCUCUCCUCUGGGCUCGAGUCCUCUCCUCUGGGCUCGAGUCCUCUCCUCUGGGCUCGAGUCCCUCCCCUGGAUCGAGUCCCUCCCCUGGCUCGAGUCCUCUCCCCCCUGCAGCUUCUGGUCUGGGCCGAGUGAGUUCAGAGGAAAGUGUUGA